GGGCGGAGCCUCCGAGACGCCCUAGAGGGAGGUAUCCCGGCGGGCCGCGCGUGCGGCCGCGUUUGAAUGGCCCUGAGUGGGCUCGGCAGGGGAUCCAAGGGAUAGUCUGGGCGGCCGGGGCGCAGUCGGUCAGCGCCUGGGCUAGGCGGAGGCGCCGCGGUACCAUGAGGCGCCGGUAUUUAAGAGAUUAUGGCAUCUGAAACCCACAAUGUUAAAAAACGCAGCUUUUGUAAUAAUAUUGAAGAUCAUUUCAUUGAUGUUCCUAGAAAAAGGAUCUCUAAUUUCACUAAUAAGAACAUGAAGGAGGUUAAGAAAUCUCCAAAACAGUUGGCUGCUUACAUAACUAGAACAGUUGGACAAGCUGUGAAAAGCCCAGAUAAACUACGUAAGGUGAUCUAUCACAGAAAGAAAGUUCAUCAUCCUUUUCAAAAUCCUUGCCACAGAAAAAAGCAGUCCCCCAGCAGCGGGGGCUGUGACAUGGCAAAUAAAGAGAACGAGCUGGCUUGUGCAGGCCGCCUCCCUGAGCAAGUGCGGCAGGGUAGUCGACCGUAUCUGGUUAGCCCCAGUGAUUCUGGUUCUUCACAGACAGAAAGCCCAUCCUCAAAAUAUAGUGGGUUUUUUUCUGAGGUUUCUCAGGACCAUGAAACAAUGACACAGGUUUUGUUCAGCAGGAAUUUGAGAUUGAAUGUAGCUUUAACUUUCUGGAGAAAGAGAAGUAUAAGUGAACUUGUAGCUUAUUUGGUGAGGAUAGAAGACCUUGGAGUUGUGGUGGAUUGCCUUCCUGUGCUCACCAAUAGUUUACAGGAGGAAAAACAAUACAUCUCACUUGGCUGCUGUGUAGACUUGUUGCCUCUAGUAAAGUCACUACUUAAAAGCAAAUUUGAAGAAUAUAUAAUAGUUGGUUUAAACUGGCUUCAAGCAGUCAUAAAAAGGUGGUGGUCAGAACUAUCAUCCAAAACAGAAAUUAUAAAUGAUGGAAAUAUUCAGAUUUUAAAACAACAAUUAAGUGGAUUGUGGGAACAGGAAAACCAUCUUACUUUGGUUCCAGGAUAUACUGGUAAUAUAGCCAAGGAUGUAGAUGCUUAUUUAUUACAGUUGCAUUGAGAGACUUCAUCUACUAAAUAGCAUUUGGUUAUUCAAAACAUCCCUGGACUAUAUGAUUUCCCAAAAAAAUGUCUCAACUGAGAACUGUGAACUGUGGAAGAAAUCAAAACCAUUUUUUCCUUUAAAAAGCCACAUAAUGAAACCACUAAUGAAACGCUAAGGAUCUACUUCACAUUGAAGUGGAAAAAUAUCCAAAAGGAGCAGCUUCAACUUCAAUGAGGUGAAAGUGCACUAUGAAGAUUGUUCACCUUUGCUGCAGUUUGGGAUUUAUAUGGUUAUUUGGUAACAUUGUUUAAGAACUACUGGGUCUUAAUGUAAUCCUGCAUAAGAAUAUAAUUUAUACUAUGUGAAAAAUAAGACAGGACUUAUUACUAGGAACUAUAAAGACCAAUCAUCAUUACUUUUUUUAAGAUUGUGUUUUAUAAGAAAACACUUAAAUGUGUGCAGCUACUAUUUUCUUAUGUUGGAAAGACUUUGAAAGUUUAAACCAUCAUAGCAAAUAAUCAAUACUAAAAGUUUUUUGUUCACACUGAGAUACUGUGUAUGCAGAAUGCCUUAAUUAUUAAUAAGCCAAUGUGUAUGAUACCAAUAUCUGUUUAAGAAAAUUAAAACCAACCAUGCUUCUGGCAUGAUAAAAUCAUGGAAUUAAAUCAGGGGUUUCCAUUCAUGUAGAAUGUUGUUGUUAAAACUUAUUCCACACCAUUCUUAAAACUUGAGAAUAUUUUUAGUAUCUCUGAUUUUUUUUUUUUGCCAGAAUCAUGUCAUGUGUGUACGUGUUAUUCCCAUACAUAAGAAAAAGGUGAAUAUGUAUUUGUAUGAAUGCUUAACUGGAAAUGUCCAUGGAGUUGGCUAAUUUAUAUUCACUUUUUAUUGUAUAUAGAUUUCUAAUAUUUUCAGUUCUGUAUCAUUUAAGUUUUCUUCAUCUGAGUAAAUUCACUAAAUAUUUCUAUUUUUUGCUUUUUUAAAUUCUGAUUUUAUAUGAAUUCUGAUUUUUUUCACUACAUAUGUUUAAAGAAUUGCAUACAAUGCUUUAGAAUUGUUUACACUUAGUGCUGACGUUGUAUUUUAAAUUCCAACACUUUACUACCUCCUCCAAAGGUUGGUAUGAAAUGCCAGCAGACUGUAUGAGGUCUUUUUUUUUUUAAUACCAUUCUUAGUAUCAGUGAAUGUCUUAACAUUCUGGAAUGUCUUAACAGCUGUAUGCAUUAUCUUGAAAGUGGCUGGGGUUAAAUGCCACUCUUGGUGGUUCAUACAUCAUCUCAUCUUUAAUAAGCCUGAGAGGCGUCUGAGCAAAAAUUUUGAGUAAUUGAAUUUCUGUGCAGUAAUCCUUCAAGCACUUGAAUGUAAAUCUUUAGCAUUUAUCCAAUUAGCCACUACUGAUAUGAAUCCAAAACAAGCAUCUUUCUUGCUUUAAAAAAUGUUAUUUUUUCACUGAGUUCUAUUUUUGUGUAGCUAUAUUUUAUAUAGCUAUUUAUUCCUUACAGUGAACAUCAAUUGUAGUAACUGGUUAUUCUCUAAAGUUUUUAGAUUAGAAUAAUUUCAGAUUACUGCACUUCUGAGUUUUGAGAGUUGAGUUAUUUAAGAAGUCAUUUUUCAGGAGAUGGGAAUUUGAAUUGUAAACCUGCGUCAUCUCUGUGAAACCUUAAGAUCGUGAAAUACAACCCUUCUUUGUUCCUAUUCCUUUUAGUUUGCACUCUCUUAUCUAACAGUUUCAACCAGUCAACGCAGUUGGUGCAUGGUGCUAAUGAGGUUAAGGACAAGAGUUCAAUCCUUUUAGGUGUUUGUUAACUGUACACACAUACACAGAACUAUUCAUGGCUACAGAUUGCACCUUCUCUUAGGUGUCCAUCUCACAGAUUCACUCUUGGUCACAAGGAAGAUGGUGUGUAUAGCAUAACACAAACCCUUCACCUCAAAUGGAAAGAUAACUCAAAUAAUUGGCACAUGGGAUACUAUAGACUUUAAUAUUUAAAAUAAUAUUAAAAAUAAUGUAAUAUCUAAAAUUCUGUGUCAAUAUAGUUUUCUCUGGGUAAGAUCAAUGACUAAACAUUGUCCUCUGAAAAUCAAACUUAAUCAAACUUCAGUAAAAAUUAGGUACAAAUACAAAUGAAAUGUAUUAAAAAAAAAAAAGGUAUUAUCCUGUUAAUGCUGAGUUUGGGUUUGUUAAAGAAGAGUAGAUAAUACUUCAUUUUUACAUACUCAGAGCCAUAUAAGGCAGCAGUCUUUAGCUCACAAAUAUUAUUCAGUGGCACACACUCCCAAUUUCUGUUCUUGGCCUUUGCAGUUUACCUUAGUACCUACCUCUCUCAGUUACUGAGUUAUGAUUAGUAUUAGGUGAUUUUAAGAUUCUUGGAUAAAAGAUGUUGGAUAAGUAAAUAUUGUUGAACUCUUAUGUUGUUACCAAGCCCUUCUCAUGCUGUUUAAUUAGAACAGUGUUGAUCUCCAGAAAGAGCCAAAGAAAGUGUUUACAAAGUAUUUUGGCUGUUGUAUUGACCUAGAUUAGGACAAAUUGCUGUCUGUCAUCGCUCUUUUGUUGCUGUGUUGCUAAGCAGUAUAACUGAAGGACUACCCAAGGUCUCUAUGCCUUUCUACCUCUUCUACCUUCUUCAGUUUUCUGUUCGUGACUUUCUAACUUUGCAAGUCCAGGGACAGGUAGUUUUUUGAGAUGGUAGAGGGUUAUAAUCAAGUAAUUUGCUUCUUCUAGGGAUAAAGUAAAUGGUUUUAUAAUGAGUGUUCAGAAUAAAAGUUAAAAGUUAGGAGGCAAGCCUUAUCAGAUGGUUUUUAAAACUAAUCUUUUGGCAGUAAUUUCAAAAGUAAUUGACAUACAUUAUUUACAUGAAUCCUGAGCUGUGAGAAUUUGGAUAUAAAUAUCUAUAUCUACUUUGAGGGAUCAUUAAUAUCAGCACUGAACUCUAAGGGCUACUGAGGAAGUAAAUCCUAAUGCCCCUAAACAUACUUGGUACAUGUCAUGUCCUAACCUUAAAAAUGCUUGUGUGGGUUCAAAGCUAUAUAUCUGGACUUUGAAAUAGUUUUCUCAAACUUAGAACAUUUCUAUAUUUGGCAAGUUGUUGAUAUAAUUACUAUCAAUGGAAAACUAAUUUGAGUAAUGAUUAUUAGCUAUUAAAUGCUGAUAAUAGAAAUUAUAUCUAAAUGUUUAUUUAGUUACUUAAGUUAGUCAAGGAGCUUGAAAAAACAAAAUUUAAAUUAAUAUUUUGGUAGGUCAUUCCCAGUUAUUUUUCUUCCUAUUUAAGAACAAAAUGGUAAUGUCAGUUGCCUUUGUUGAUUUAAAGAAAAAAAAAA